AUGAUACCUCUCUGCUGACAAUCGGCUUCUUCGCAACGUAUUUUCAGUUCAGGGGAAAACACCGGUAACGGCGGACUUGAUGCGAGACAAAGGGAUAUUUCAAAAGGGGAGGUCUUCGGAGACAAAACAAAUAACAGUCACUGGCGAGAGGCCAACAAGCCACGGACAUGGAACCUCGAGGUACGAAUUCCAUGCCCACCCACUCACCUUUCCACCCACCUCUCUCUUGGACGUCCCGGGGAGCCCCUGUCCCUGCGUCAUCAACACGCCUCGGUUCAGUACAUGGGAAAAGCUAAUUUGCAUGUAUUUGAAGAUUGGUGUGGCAGUUCCACUUACCAGCUCCGGAAAAAUCCCCACUAUCCCCUUUACCCUAAUUCCCGCCUCACAGUGAAAAAGCUGGCAGUUUCACCCAGGUGGACCAACUACGGCCUGAGGAUUUUCGGCUACCUCCACCCUCCCAAAAGUGGUGAAUACCUAUUUGCUGUGGCCUCUGAUGAUGGUUCUGAGUUCUGGCUGAGUCUGGACAACAGCCCCCUGAAUCUGCACCUCCAGGCCAGCGUGGGAAGGGCAGGCGUGGAUUGGACAGCGCCAGGGGAGUUUAACAAAUAUGCCAGUCAGAUAUCUUUUCCAGUCCAACUGUCUGCUGAGAAUUUAUACUUCUUUGAAGUCAUCCACAAGCAAAACGACAGGGGCACGGACCACUUGGAAGUAGCGUGGCGGCUGAAUCAGGACAGCACGCCAUUUGAGAUCAUUGGUUCCGAACACAUAUCCAUGUACAUCGACGAGACCGACUUGAAGCUGCACCAGGUCAGCCACAUACCGAAAACACCUGCUAGCAACGUCCAGUGGAGAACGUACGCCAAGGUCUCCAGCCAUGGCGCCGAGAUGCUGAGGGAAGACCCACGGGACAUCUUCUACCACGUUCCGCUGAUGAGAGAGUCAUACCUGCGUGGCAUCCUGCCUGUGUGCUCCUACAGGCCCACCUACCUCAUCAAGGGAUACCCACUCCUGAGGUAUCAGGGCAUUCAGUUUGUCCACCUGUCCUAUGUUUACCCCAAUGACUACACGCGACUAACACAUAUGGAGACCAUGAAUAAAUGCCUGUACCACGAAGACCCCCACUAUCUAGAAGGGCUUGGGUUUCUGAAUUACAUGAAGAUGGACUCUCCAGAAACAGGAGGUACUGAACCACAAGACAGUUUAUGGAACGAAGAAGGGUACAGGGGUGGCCUUGGUGAAAAAUCUUUGUACCAGUACGAGGGACUUCAGCCAGAGAAGUUCAGACAGCUGCCAGACAACGACAUCUACAGCGAUGAUUACAGCUUCGUCAGGCAGGGCCCCGGGGCAGAUCCAGACACGCUGAAGAUGGCGGAUGGGAAUCCUCGGAAGCUGCUGGCCACACAGGUUACUGCAUAUAAUACAAGCCAACUUGCCAGACAUAAGCCUCAAGUCCAGCAACCUGCAGUGAACACCAUUCAGCCAGAGAUCCAGAGAGAUCCUGCUCAACCAGCAGCGGUUACACAUGCAAACCAUGUUCAAAACCAUGCACUUAGUUCCAACAUGAAUGACGUGUUCCUGAUGCCACAUGGACUUCAUGUGCACCGGAAGCCAAGACGUAAAGAUCGUCUACGUACACCUAAGGUGGUUACGCAGGAAGAGUACAAGUACCAGGACAGCGAGAAUUAUGAAACGAUACCCCCAAUCAUCUAUGACCCAGUUGUAAACUGGGCGCGGACCAUCAACGUGAGUAACAUAGACUUCAAUGCCUUCCGCGAGGAUUCAAUCGACCUGAGAUGCAACAUCUCUGGAAACCUGCAGAUGAGUUCCGGAGUGGCAUUGCCAAUCGUGCACGCCUUCAUGCAUCAGCUCAAUCAGAAGAACUGGGGACGCUUCACCCUGUUGCAAGUGAUCAACGUGGAGCGGCGAAUUGACAGGUUCCGCGGUAGCCGCUAUCUCCUCGAGCUGGAGGUGGAGAACCGGCGUGGGACUAGGUUUCGCAUCUCCCAGUAUGUUUACGAGCCACACAGCCAGAUCAGGUCUUGGAAUGGGGUAGACCAACCGGACAGGAAGGGGGUGCUGCUGUGCCACCCUGAGGGGGUGGAGUGGAAUCCCUCAGCUACUGUGCACUUCAUAGUGCCAGUGAAGAACCAGGCCCGCUGGGUCCAGCAGCUUAUCAUGUACAUGGAAGACAUCUACAAGGUCACAGGUGACAAGAACUUCAACAUCAUCGUCGUGGACUACAGCAGCAAGGAUAUGGAUGUGGAGCAGGCACUCCAGUCGGCCCAUAUUCCUAGUUAUCAGUAUGUGAAGCUGACUGGGAACUUUGAGCGUUCUGCAGCCCUUCAAGCUGGGAUUAACCUCAUCACAGACAGCCACAGCAUUGUGUUCCUGUGUGACCUUCACCUCCACUUCCCACACUCCAUCAUCGACAGCAUUCGCAAGCACUGCGUGGAGGGCAAGAUAACCUUUGCACCUAUCGUUAUGAGGCUGGACUGUGGGGCCACACCAGAGGAGCCCGACGGCUACUGGGAGGUGAAUGGAUUUGGCCUGCUGGGGAUCUACAAGUCUGACAUGGAUAGGGUAGGAGGAAUGAACAUGGAAGAGUUCCGGGAUCACUGGGGCGGAGAGGACUGGGAACUGAUAGACAGGGUUCUUCACGUGGGGCUUGAGGUGGACAGAAUUUACGUCAGGAACUUCUUGCACUUUUACCACUCAAAACGAGGCAUGUGGAACCGACGUUUCCGCAAGCCAAUGUAACAUUCCUCCGCUGCAGGCUCCGAGCCUUUGAUUCCUCAGGGAAGAAGAGUUUAUCAUGCUGUGUUUAAUGCAUGAAGUUGUUUUGGUACAACUUGAAACGCAAUGAAAUGAAACGCACUCUCUCUCCACUUGGCCACUGAAUGCCUCGUGUUACACGUCAGCGGCAGGUGAAUAUUUUCUGGGCUCAUUUAUAUCCCUUACAGUGGAAAGAGACUGUCACUGAUCACCAAACACGUAUAUGAUAUAUUUUAAUUCUUGACUGUUUACAUGUCAAAUGUUUUUUUGGUUUUUAAUUGAGGGAAGACUGUAUUUAAACCAAUGUAAGGAAACAGGAAUUUGAUGUGCAAAAUGAUAAUGGAUAUUUUAUUUUUUUAUGAUAUUUUGAACAUUGAUAUUUUCAACACAUUUUUAUGUAUAUUAGUUAUUUGGGUAACUGUACAUUUUUCAGGAUUGGUGAAUUUUAAGAUGUACCAGAUAUAUAUAUUUAAUAAAGUGCCUGUUAAACUGGUAAAGAGAAGCUGGUUAAAUUACGCAAACCAGUAUAAGAUGAUGCACUGGGCCUGGUACAGUGUGCUCCUUGUCACCCUGUAUUUUACACUUGAAUGACACUUGCAGUGUACCAUUGCAAUGCAGCAGUGUCACCAUGGAAACGGUUAUUAUGCAGUCAUACGCAUCGCCACAGUAAAUGACACAUUUUGGCACAGCUGUACUUGGUGCCCCAUGGAUGAAGCAGAUGAGCAGAGUGUCAGAGAGUCCGUAUCAGCUGCUAGCUGUGUUCUCACUGUCCUUCGGCCUUCAGUGUGUCACCGUACCUGUCCAAAGUCAUAUUUUAUUGUAGAUAUGUAGUCUUUUAAGGUUGGUACUGGUUUUCCUUUGUGUUUGUUCUUGUAAAUUGUCGGUGUCUUUUUUUUGCCUCACUUUAUUUUCUCAGAACGGUGUGUCCUAAAGAACAGCGAAACACAAGUAUGACGGACAGAUUCCGUUGGGUGUUUGAUUAAGGAGGUAGUUGCAUUUCUCGGGCUGUUUGGCACCGUUUACCAUCCUGAAUUCAGUGCAGCCGCUGCUUGUCCCUCCUGCAUAAAAUGACAAUGUCAUUUUAGUACAACUGAUGAUUUAUAGCAUCUAAGGAUUUUCUUUAAAGAAAAUGUUUGUUUUUUUUUUUGUUUUAGAAUAUCUGGCUGUUCAAAUAAAGUUUUGUGGGUUUUUUUUCUAACCAAUGAAAUGAUGAGCUAUGGUUUUACUGGUGUCUUAACUUGUUACCAUCUCCAUGUUCGAGGACGCUUUUGUAGGCAGUUCGCUCGGAUGACCUGAUUUGUUUUGUGAAAAAUAAUUUUGUGCUUUCUACAAAAGAUUUUUCCCCC